UAACUUUUUUCUAUCUGAAAAUUGAGGCCUAUGCUAUGCAUACACCAAGCCUUAUCCUUCCUUAUUCACUUUGCUACCAAACUAGCAUGGCUUCUCCAAUCCUCUCAUACCUUGCUCCUCAUAAUCUACAACACCAUGUCUAUCCAACUAAAACAUCACCAAUUCCAUUAGAGCUUUCCAUUCACAGCCAACACAGAAAGCACUUUUCCAUCAGAAGCACUUCUUUGAAUUCCACUCCUGAGCCUGAAUUACCAACCCCAGAUUCUACAACUAGUACACUCAACAGUCCAGAGACUUUUCCCAUUGAGAAGAGAAGAAGAUCAGAGAUAAUCAGAGAAAGAAGGCCAAAAACUGGCCUAGUAAAACCAGAACCACCAAACUUUGAAAUUGGUUGGAAGAGGACCAAAGAGAUUAAUCUAGAGAAGCCAAUAGGGUAUGUCAUAGCUGAUUUCUUGGAGAAGCUUGAGAGUCUUAUUGGAAAGGAAUUUGGUUCAACAGAACUUCUUGCAAAGGCUGGGGAAAUUGUUGCUGAAAGGGCAAGAGAGGAGGCAGAGAUUUUGAGAGAUGAAGGAAAAGUAGAGGAGAGAAUGGUCACAGAAUUGUUUAGAGUUUUGAGGUUGAUGGAAAUGGAUUUGGAAAUGGUGAAGGCUUCAGUGAAGGAAGAAACAUUGGGUGAGAGACUUGAACAAGCCAAAGCAAGGUGCAGGCAAGCCAUACUUGUUGCUUAUUCCUUCUGAACUCUUUCAUGGGAAUGUGAAAUUAGGGAUAUAAUGUAAUAAGAACUUGAAAUUAUUGGUAAAUAUUAUGCAGUGCCUGAUUGACAUUUUAAUAAUCAUCACAUUAUUAUUUUCUUACCUAAGAAAAGCCAUCAGAUUCUGACUAAAAGAA